UGCCUGCGCGACCUCUCCAGCGUCUGUCUCAACUUUCGUUCCGUGGACGGUGCCAACGUCAAGGAGCCUGCAUCCCUGCCAGAGAAGUUCACGCGCCUCCUGCCCGCCCUGCGACUUCAAUUCUGGGAGGGAAUUACGCGGGCGAGGAAUAAGCUGGAGGGUGACCUUCCUCUUUUGCACCCGGUUGAAGAUCUCGGCGUGCGAGACAAUCAGCUCAUAAAAUGUCUGGAGAAUAUUCAGCUCCUUGAUGCCCGUUUGAAGCUCAAUCCGCUGAGUCAGCACCCUAAACUCGAGUACCUUCUUCAUACUUAUGGCAAGCGCGCCGAGAAAUUCUCCGAAUUAACAGCGGCUAGCAAAGAGUUAAACAAAAAGGAGUCGCUGCUUCAGCUGGACGAACUAAUCUCUCGUAAACGCGUCCUCCGGCGUCUGGGUUUCUGCUCCGAGGACGAUGUCAUACACCUGAAGGGUCGAAUUGCUUGUGAGAUCUCCACUGGUGAUGAACUCAUGCUCACGGAGCUGUUGUUGGAUGGCUUUUUCAGUGACAUGACUCCUGAACAACUGGCCGGCGUGUUGUCCUGUUUUGUGUCCGAGAAGUCCACCAGUAAGGAGGGUGGAGUGCGACUACAGCCGGACAUGGAGGCCGCCCUGCAGACCAUCAAGGUCAGUAUCUUUUACUGA